CCCCGCCUCGCCAUCGCUUAGCGGCGUUCAGCACUGACAGCGAAGCGCACCGCACGACCGAGCGCAGAGCGCACCUGGGCCCCGCAGAGGUAUUUCUGUUUCCUCCCUUCUUCUUCUUCUUCUUUUUUUCCGGGGCAAAGAAUAGCGGACAGACGCAGAACCCCCGACGUCACCAUGCCAGGUAGACAGUGAAGGGGAGCUGCGGGUCGUGAGGAGGAGGUGGAGGAGCUGGAGGAGGAGGAGGGGGAGGAGGGGGAGUAGCACUGCGGGUGUGCUUCGGGUGGCGUCUCCAUCGCCGUUGAACACCUUUCGGGAACCGGAGCGCGCUCGGACGGAUGAUGGACCGCUGGCCGCCGCUGCUGCUGCUGCUCGCCGUCCUCGCCAUUGCGGGAGGCGGCCUCGGGGCAGACACGGAGGAGCGCCUGGUGGAGCAUCUCUUGAACCCCGCCCACUACAACAAGCUGAUCCGGCCCGCGACCAACGGCUCCGAGCUGGUUACCGUGCAGCUGAUGGUGUCGUUGGCUCAGCUCAUCAGCGUGCAUGAAAGAGAGCAAGUGAUGACCACCAAUGUCUGGCUAACACAGGAGUGGCAGGACUAUCGGCUGACUUGGGUCCCUGAGGAGUUUGACGGGAUGUUGAAGGUCAGGCUGCCCUCCAAACACAUCUGGCUGCCUGACGUGGUGCUCUACAACAACGCUGACGGCGUGUACGAGGUGUCGUUCUACUCCAACGCGGUGGUUUCCUACGACGGCAGUAUCUUCUGGUUGCCCCCGGCCAUCUACAAGUCGGCCUGCAAGAUCGAGGUCAAGCACUUCCCCUUCGACCAGCAGAACUGCACGCUGCGCUUCCGCUCCUGGACGUACGACCGCACCGAGAUCGAUCUGGUUCUCCGCGCCGACGUGGCCAGCAUGGACGACUUCACGCCCAGCGGCGAGUGGGACAUCAUCGCCCUGCCGGGCAGAAGGAACGAGAACCCGGCCGACCCCACCUACGUGGACAUCACGUACGACUUCAUCAUUCGCAGGAAGCCACUUUUUUACACCAUCAACCUCAUCAUCCCGUGCGUGCUCAUCACCUCGCUGGCCAUCCUGGUCUUCUACCUGCCCUCCGACUGCGGAGAGAAGAUGACGCUGUGCAUCUCCGUGCUUCUGGCCCUCACCGUGUUCCUGCUGCUGAUCUCUAAGAUCGUCCCCCCCACGUCGCUGGACGUCCCGCUGGUGGGGAAGUACCUGAUGUUCACCAUGGUCCUGGUCACUUUCUCCAUCGUCACCAGCGUGUGCGUGCUCAACGUGCACCACCGCUCGCCCACCACACACACCAUGCCGCCGUGGGUUAAACUGGUGUUCCUCAACAAGCUUCCUGCCUUGCUCUUCAUGCGCCAGCCCAGGAACAGCUGCGAGCGCCAGAGGCUGCGGCAGAGAAGGCGGGCCCAGGAGCAGAAGGAGGGUGGGCGCAGCGGGGAGGCGGGGGCCUUGAUGGUGGGGCUCGGGCUGGGCAACGCCAGCGGCAACAGAGGCGGGACCUCCACGGGGGUGUUCAGCAAGGAGGACAGUGACCCCUGUACCUGCUACGUGAACCGGGCGUCCGUUAAGCAGUUCGGAGGGGAUCUGGUCGGGGCAGGCGGGGGGUCCAUGGAUAGUCUGAACAGGGUGAGGGAGAGCCGGGAGGGGGGGGCCUCUGGAAACACGCCGCGCGGGAAGCAAGCGGCAGGAGGUCCCGCUUUGACUCAGGCCCUGCUGGCUCAGGCCUGUCCGGGCUUUGAGGAGGCCGUGGAGGGAGUUCGCUUCAUCGCCAACCACAUGAAGAGUGAGGACGAUGAUCAGAGUGUGAGCGAGGACUGGAAGUACGUUGCCAUGGUGAUCGACCGCCUCUUCCUGUGGAUCUUUGUGUUUGUGUGUGUUUUUGGGACACUGGGCAUGUUCAUGCAGCCGCUUUACCAGAAUUACACAGUCAAGACCAUCACCAGCUCGCCGGGCUGACCAAUCCCAGGCCGAGAACACGCUGACCCGACGGCUCCCCCAACCAAUCGGCACAGCAGGACAAGAAACAGAGGCGGGGGCUUGGGGGGGGCAGGUCCGGGUUUUAUUGUGUCGAUGGAACUGAAAAACCAGGACUGGAACUGAACAGCAAUCACGCCCAUUACCUUUAUAGUAACGUUUUUUCAACGAACAAACAGUUUUUCUUGGAUGAAGUAAAAAAGGAAAACCCCCAUCAUACUUUUACCUGCUUUUUGUCCAGAUGUUUAUUGGACUGACCUCCCCUUCCUGGUGGAAAGGUCACUCCUUGCUCCCCUCUUCGGCCAGUCGGAGAAUGAGGAUGCUCUGAUUUUCACCUCGUCGGACCUCCUGCCAGCCUCUCAACACCCUGCUUGAUUGACACGUGGCGUGUUUCUACCAUGACAUUACUCGUCCUCGGUAUUGACCGGUGUCACAGGGAGCUAAUCAGAAAGGGAAGGGGAGGUUCAUAUCAAGAUUCUUUUGCAUUUUCAGAAAUUCACUUUGUCGGUGAGCUGAUUCUGUUUAUUUUAUCAUAGCAUAGCGGCUUACCACAUUAUAGCAUUAGGAAUAUAUUAUUAAGAUUUCUCUGUGUUCGCUCAUGCAAGGGUCUGCUGCUGAUAGAGAGGCUAUGGUGUGUUGUAUGAUUGUAUAGAUUAAACAAGAAUGUGAUAUAUAAACUGUACUACACGGCCUGGCAUAUGCACACUGUUACACAAUGUGUACGAGCAAGGGAUUGUGAAGGAAAAUACAUAGAGGGGACUUGAAUUAUUCAACUUUCUUUCGGUUGCAUUAUUCGAUGAAAGAGAUAAAGUAAUAUAUGCAUGGACGAGGUUAUGCUCACUAUAAUAGAGGACAGCAGCAGCCUGCUGUGCCAGGGUACGCAGCUGCAGUGAGAUGAGUUUGGCUGCAGAAACAUGGAGGAAUCUGAGCCAAGAAGGUGGAUACGAACUCUCAUAUGAAGGACAGUGGAACACGAUGUCCCUCAAAUCGAGUAUCUACUGAGGAGGUCAGUUGUGACGGAGCAAAGAUCAGCUGAAAAUGAAAUUGUAGUGACGGAAGAAAGAGAAAAUGAAGCUAUUAUGUGUACCGAUCUGUAAUCUCAUAUUUCUGUAUGUAUUCUUCCGAGCAUACGUGAAUUCUUGUGUCUGCCCCACAUCCAGAUGUACUAUCACAUCCGUCAGUUACGGUGUUCAGAUAACGUACGUGCCUCCUCCCCCUCCUUCCUUUUAAUCCCUGGAGACCUCUCUCCAGCUCUACUUUAUCUGGUCUUCCACAGACAAACACAUUUCUGACAUUUAUUCCAAUUACCUACAUUCUCUGAAGACCUUUUCAUUACAAUCAACCAGCUAAUCCGGCUUUUUUUGCCUCAUGCUCAGCGGCUUCACUGGCAACCAAGCGCGAAACAAAAGGCCUUUUCAGGGAUGCAGGGAGUGGAGGUGAAAUACGUUUCCAAUAUAUACAAGAGAGAAAUUACACGAUGGCCUAUGCUGAAGCAGCCGCACCUCGCAAUAAGUUACAGAUGAAAAAUGCAAACGCAGAAAUGAAACGAGAAGGUUGGGCGAAAGGUUUUUCACUUAAUGAUGAAUAGUGUAAAGAAAUGGACAAUCUUGUCACUCGCUGUGAGUUGUUAAAGGCUGUGCGGCUGCUCCGAUCAGCUGUGCGUUUCUCUCUCUGUCUCUAGAGGAUGGGAUUACCCACGGGGGUGGGAGGGGGGAUUCCCAACAGAUCCCAAGCAAGUGUGAAAAGCCUGUCAGAGACCUGUGAAAACUGUAGCGUGCACGGCUCCGAACGGACAGAAGUGCCGCUGUGCACUGUUUUCCUCUCCCUUUUCGACCUUUCCACUCCACUUCCUUUCUCUUCACUUCCUCUCUCAUCAUGCUGCGCCGCUUCUCACCCUUCUCGUUCCUGGCUCUCGAAUCUGCUCCUGUGCACACCUAACCCAGUCCAAUAAAGGUUGUAGGUUGAGAUUAAACAAA